AUGGCCUCCUGGCGCAGAAUGACUAUCGAAGACGUCCCCGACCUCCUGCGAGUCGCCGACCAAGUCCACCCGGGUCUGCCUGAGAGCGGCAACGUCUUCGGCGAGCGCGUGAAGCUCUUUCCAGAGGGCUGCCUGAUUCUCGCCAACCAAGACAAGGUGUACGGCUACGCGAUUUCCCACCCCAUCCGCCAGCGGCAGCCCCCCGCCCUAGACACCCUGCUCGGCGGGAUCGCGCCGGACGCGGACCAACUCCUCGAAGUGGCCGGCCGGUAUCCGACGGCCUGUCUCGUCUCGGUCUACGGCACGGCACCGUUCUGGAGCCGCUUCGGCUUCGAGCCCGAACAGGUCGAUCUAGCUCUGCUCGAAAAACUGCGCAACUACGGAGACGAUGCCGUUUACCUAUCGCGGAGAAGUGGCUGA